AUGCGUCUCCGCAUCUUCGGCUGGGCUAGAACCCUGCGCGGUGGCAAGAGACUUCAUACACAACUGGGAUUACCACGAGGUCUGGCGACAGCGCCAACACGGUCACCAUCGUCCGGGAUUACUUAUGGUGUCGCGGGAGUGGCCAUUGGCGCGGCCGCGGCAACAUUGGGAUUUUAUAGCCUAAACCGCGCUGAGCGGAGUUCUACCCAGCCCACUCUGAAAUAUGCGGAUAAGGCGACUAUGCUCAAGGCCGCUAAAGAAAUCCAAGCCGCGCUAGGAGAAGACUCGGUCAACACUGACGGAGAUGAUCUCGAGACCCACGGCUUCUCAGAAGCCUCAACGUCGAAUGUCGACACCCGCCCGGUCGCCAUCAUCACACCGUCUAGCACCGAAGAUGUCUCGCUCAUCGCAAAAAUAUGCACGAAAUACGAAAUCCCCAUGAUUCCAUUCGGCGCCGGCUCCAGCGUGGAAGGCCAUUUCAGCGCCCCGUACUCCGGGUUCAGCAUUGACUUUUCGCGCAUGGACAAGAUCCUACAGAUCAACGACGAGGACAUGGAUGUGGUGGUCCAGCCGGGCGUGAACUGGGUGAAUUUGAACAACACCCUGAAGCCGAGCGGCUUCCCGACGGCGCUGAUCGGGGGCAUGGUGGCGACCAAUUGCAGCGGCACAAACGCCAUGCGCUACGGCACUAUGAAAGACUAUGUUGUCAAUCUCACGGUGGUGCUUGCCGAUGGCUCAGUGAUCAAGACGCGCCGCAGGCCGCGGAAGACAUCUGCAGGGUACAAUCUGAAUGGCCUCUUUACUGGGUCUGAGGGCACCUUGGGUAUCAUCACGGAGGUCACUCUGAAGCUGGCAAUCAUUCCAACGCACUUUGGCGUAGCAACUACGGCUUUCCCUUCAGUUGAAGCGGCGACCAAGGCAGCAACCUCAAUGAUCCGGCGAGGCGUAUCGCUGGCGGCACUUGAAUUGAUGGAUGACGUACAGAUGCGGGUGGUGAAUCAGACUGGAGGAACAGGGGGCAAGAAGUGGCCGGAGCGACCGACGUUGUUUAUCAAGUUUUCGGGCUCGGCGAGAGCGGUGGAGGAUAGCAUCAAAGCGGCGAAGCAAAUAUCUACGGAGCACGCGGGAUCCAGCUUUUCGGCGGCUCUGGACGAGCCCACGAUGGAAGCGCUCUGGUCGGCGCGAAAGCAAGCGCUUUGGGCGAUGCUCGCGGUACGACCUGAGGGCACCCAGAUCUGGUCCACGGACGUCGCUGUGCCGCUGUCCAGCUUGGCGGAAAUAGUCCAAAGGUCUAAGGCAGAUGCGUCGAAGCUGGGCCUGUUCUCAAGUGUUUUGGGCCAUGUUGGGGACGGCAACUUCCAUCAGUCCGUGAUGUAUAACCCGGAUCUUCCGGAGCAAGUGGAAGGGGUCCAGAAAUGCGUUGAUACCAUGGUCUCCCGCGCUCUGGAAAUGGAGGGCACGGUUUCUGGCGAACAUGGGAUUGGUCUCGGGAAGAAGCACUGCCUUGCAAAAGAGUUGGGUGAGCAAACAAUUGGUGUUAUGCGGACCCUGAAGCGGAGCUUGGAUCCACACUGGCUGCUGAAUCCGGGAAAAAUUGUCGAUCCCUAG